AUACGGUUUUCAAUCAAUGCUGCAUAACCCAUAGUGCGAAGGUUCUUCUUCACUUGCUCUCGCAUGGCGGCCACUCUCUGUCAGAUUCCAACUUUCCACAUCAAACUCUCUUUCUCACCUCUCCCCUAUCGCCGCACCGCCAACCACUUCCAUCUUCCCAGCAUUCCCAGAUUCCAAAAAUCAGUUUUUGCUUCAAUCAAGAAACCCAGAGGAAGCAGGCAGGCAAGAAGGAGUGCUGAUCUCUGCAAUGAUAUCAGAGAUUUCUUGUCUGUUGCUGGACUUCCCCAUGAUCACAUACCCACAACCAAUGAGUUAAGGCAGCAUGGAAGGGAAGAUCUUGCAAAUGUUGUUAGAAGGAGAGGAUACAAAUAUAUAAGGGAGCUUCUUGGAAGCUUAAAGAAGUCAUUUGAUGGUCAGGAUGAGAAAAUGAAAAAUUCAAGUGAUGAUGUGGAUGGUGGCGUCAACAGUGUAAUUGAUGACGUGGAGUUCAAAGAAACUUACUUUGUUGAAGACUCCUCUUAUCCAUCCUUGCAGGAAAAGGCAUCCAGAUUUAUUCAGAAUGGGGAACUAGACAGUAUCGAUGAUAAUGACUUCGAAUUUUUGAACCAAAGUAGCACAACUCGCAAGGAGCAUAAAGAACAUGGGCUCCACCACGGUCUCAAUGGUGUUGUGGUAUCAAACAGGAAGAUUUUGUCAUCUUUGCAGCAGGUUGACCAUGCAGUCCAGGAGAUUAGUGUGCAGAAGGAUGCAUAUCCCCCAGUUGAAAACAAGGGUGUCAACGUUAAGAUCCAAAAUGUGGAGAAUCAAGCUGAAAUUAGUCAUCUCAAGUUCAUGCUGCAUCAAAAAGAGCUGGAAUUGAUGCGUCUGAAGCAAAAAAUUGAAGCAGAAAAGAAUGCUUUGUCUGAUAUGCAAAUUAAAGCUCAAACUGAGAUGAGGAAGGCACAUAAACUUGUUUCUGAAAAAGAUGCAGAACUAAAUGCUGCAGAAGAAAGCUUGUCAGGCUUAAAAGAGGUCGAAAUUCAAUUCCGAGGUGAUGGAGCGUGUGUGGAGGUAGCUGGAAGCUUCAAUGGUUGGCAUCAUAGAAUAAAGAUGGACCCACAAUCAGCAUCAAGUCUCAUAGGUUCCACCGGUUUAAGGAUAUUUCACCUCUGGAGAACUAUCUUGUGGCUUUAUCCUGGCAUAUAUGAGAUAAAGUUUGUUGUGGAUGGGCAUUGGAGAACUGAUCCAGAGAGGGAAUUGGUCACUAGGGGUGCCAUAGAAAACAAUGUCCUACGGGUCGAGAGAUGAAGUAUGUACUGUUGCAAACUAUACGUCCCAGUUACGAGCUUAUGGAAGGGCUGGGCUGGGAAAGGUUGACCAAAAAUGUGGUAAAAGAUUUAUUCUUGCAGGUUAAAGCUGCAUCAUAAUUAAUUAGAUGGAUGAACUGCAAUGUAAAUGAAGCUCUCAUGCUACUACUACCCUAUACUUCGCUAUCCGGCGAUGGGUGUACCCAUAAACGGAGGGCAUGCCUACCUUCCCUGUGCUUAGGGUCUCAAAAAUGUAUGAAGGGUCCCCUUGUAGACAAAUCAGCUGUGUGAUUUAUUUGAUUCUGUGAUGGAAACAUUGGAAUGCUUGUAAAUUGCGUUGAUGAUCGUAGCUCAAAACUGAGGGGCAAGCAGUUUUAGAGAAUAAAUAAAGUCAUUCUAGGUACAUGCCUACAUGGUGUAAGGUGCUAUAUUGAAAUGGGAUCCACAAAGAAAUCUAGGUUUAAUUU